AUGAAACGCGGUCCAUUGUUCAUCGAUGUGACCUGGCAUCCAGCUGGGAAUCCAGCUGGAGACAGCGAGACAUCAUCGAUGAGCAUCGCCAGUGCUGCUCUUAAUUAUUCUGGCCUCGAGACCGUGCUCCAUCUCACGUGUGUCAAGCACACGCGAACCCAGAUCUCCUCUUAUCUGGAGAGGGCUCACGGUCUGGGCAUUCGCAACAUCCUUGCACUGAGAGGAGAUCCAGAGAGCAGGGAGAACGUGAAUGCUACCACUGAUGGGUUUUCUCACGCAUGUGACUUAGUGGAGCAUAUCUGCCAGGUUCACCCAAAUAAGUUUGUGAUCGGUGUGGCUGGGUAUCCCUGUGGGCACCCUGAUGCUUCCUCUUAUGAAGAAGACCUUUUAUUCCUCAAGAAAAAGGUUGAUGCUGGAGCCCAUUUCAUCAUCACCCAGCUGUUCUUCAAUCCAGAGCACUUCAUCAAAUUUGUCCAAGACUGUCGAGCCAUUGGGAUCCAGGUCCCAAUCAUACCUGGUGUCAUGCCCAUACAGAGCUACGACUCCCUGCGUCACAUCGUGAACCUGUCUCGUCUGGAGGUCCCCAAAGAUAUGAUGGAAGUGAUUCAACCUCUGAAAGACAAUGAUGAAGCCAUUCGGAACUAUGGGGUGGACCUGGCUGUGUCUAUGAUUCAGAGACUCUUUGAAAGUGACAUGGCUCCCGGCAUUCAUUUCUACACCCUCAAUCGAGAGGUGGCAGUGGUGAAGAUCUUGAAGAAGGUGGGUCUUUGGCGCAGCGGUCCUUCCCGGUCUCUUCCGUGGAAGCUGGCAUUCAAUCAUCGACGGAGCACGGAGGAAGUGCGACCCAUCUUCUGGUCAGCGCGACCCAAGUCAUACAUCUACCGCACCCAAAACUGGGAUGAAUUUCCCAAUGGUCGAUGGGGCAAUUCCCAGUCUCCUGCCUUUGGAGAACUCAAGGACUACUAUCUCUUCUAUCUCAAGAGCAAGAACUCCAAAGAGGAUCAGCUGGCAAUGUGGGGAUCUGAACUUACAUGCGAGCAGGACGUGUGGAAUGUCUUUUAUCAGUACAUCUCAGGAGAGUCAAAUCGAAAAGGAAUAACUGUGACAAGCAUUCCAUGGAAUGAUGAUGAGCUGUCACCUGAAACCAUACUCCUCAAGGACAGACUUGUAGACCUCAACAAAAGGGGAAUCCUUACCAUCAACUCCCAGCCAAAUGUGAAUGGUGCCCCAAGCGAAGAUCCUGUGGUUGGUUGGGGCAUGCCCCAAGGCUACGUCUACCAAAAGGCUUAUCUGGAGUUCUUCACUUGCAGAGAGAAUGUCGAGGCCCUCAUUCAAGUCCUUCCUAAAUUCCCCAAGAUCAACUAUCACAUUAUCAACAAAUCAGGGAAGGUGAACUUGGCCAACUGUCACAAGCACCGGCCCAUUGCUGUCACAUGGGGAGUAUUCCCUGGAUCUGAAAUCAUCCAACCCACUGUUGUUGAUCCUGUCAGCUUCAAGACAUGGAAGGAUGAAGCAUUUGAACUGUGGAACGAACAGUGGGGGAAGCUGUACCCGGAGGGCUCCUACUCUCGAGACAUCAUCCGUUAUAUCAGUGACAAUUACUUCCUUGUCAACCUUGUGGAUAAUGAUUAUGUCAAACCAGAGAGCAGCCUUUGGAUGCUUUUUGAGGCCAUGUUUGAACAGAGGUCACAAAAUAGCAAGGAUUCUGCUCUUGCCAGUCCAACAACGAAUUGA